GUUUCAUUCGAUGAAUAGUUUUGCCCGUAGUUAUCGAAGUCAGGUCUUAAUUAGUCCACGAUGUGGCUAUCGCUUUGGGAAUAGGCUUACCAAUUUUAAUCCACACGAUACCAAAAUUCAUGGACGUCAUUUGCGUAAUUUUACAAUGGAAAGAUUUAAAUUAUCGGAGCUUUUGAUUGAAAUGAAUAAAAAUAUUGAUCUGCUAUCUCGCGCGAAAGAUUGGAAACACCUAAAGAAAAAUUUGGAGAAUACCGAAAGGGAGUUGCAGAAGCCAGAAGAUGUAUGGAAUAAUCCAUCUGUGGCGGCUAAAUUGCAAAGACAUUCUGCUAAAAUUCAGAGAGAAGUUGAAAUUUAUGAAAAGCUUACAAGAAAGGUGACGGAAGUUAAGGAGUUGAUCGAUUUGGCAAAAGAGGAAAAUGAUCAAGGUUUAUUCAAUGUGAUCUUGAAUGAUGCGCAUCCGUUAAAUCAAGAAUUGAAAAUUUUUACCUUGACUUCAUUGAUGAACGAUGAUGCAGAUCAAAAUGGAUGUAUCGUUCAAAUUACUCCUGGAGCUGGCGGUAUAGACAGCAGUGACUGGGCUGAGAUGCUAUACAAAAUGUAUGUAAGAUGGGGCACUAAAAACGGUUUUCAAGUCAAGACAUUGGAUUAUGUAAAUGAUGAGAUUGCAGGAUGCAAAUCGGCUUCUUUAAAAAUUGAUGGAGACUAUGCAUACGGUUGGACAAAAUACGAGUCUGGAAUUCAUCGUUUAGUUAGAAUUUCUCCCUUUGAUGCACAGAAUAGAAGACACACAUCAUUUGCAUCUGUCGUGAUUCUCCCGUCUGUUGAGGAUGAAAUAGAUGGUCGUGAAUCUAUUAAUAUUCGUAGUUCAGAUCUCAAAAUAGAGACAUUUCGAUCUAGUGGAGCUGGUGGACAACACGUGAACGUAACCGCAAGCGCUGUUAGAAUUACGCAUACUCCCACAAAAAUAGUUGUGCAGUGCCAGAAUGAAAGAUCGCAACACUCAAACAAAUCAACUGCAAUGGAAAUACUUCGAGCUAGGCUUUAUGAUAGGAUGAUGAGAGAAAAAAAGGCGGAGAAGCACGGAUUACAUUCAUCAUUACCAGAAAAUGCGUGGGGAUCACAAAUAAGAUCCUAUAUUUUAUAUCCUUAUCAGUUGAUCAAAGAUUCAAGAACUGGACACGAAACAUCACAAGUCGACUCUGUAUUGAACGAUGGCGAAUUAGAUGAAUUUUUAGAAGCUUCGCUGACUCACUUUAAACAAAGCACCAUCUAA